AUGGCUGAGGAGCGCCGGCGAGAGCAGGACCCCAACCAGGGUCCCCCGGUCAGCACGGCCGAGGGGCGCUGGCGAGAGCAGGACCCCAACCAGGGUCCCCCGGAGCCCUCCGAGAGCGGCCUGGGCGUCGGGACCUCGGAGGCCGUGUCGGCGGACAGCAGCGACGCCGCCUCCGCCCCCGGCCCCCUCUCCCGACCGGAUGACUCCGGCGUGGGCCAGAGCUCCGACAGCAGCGGGGUCUCCUUGGAAGAAGUGUCAGAGAGCAGCUCCAGCACAGAUGCCAUUCCCCGGAUUUACCUACCUGAUUCAUCUUCCAUUGCCCAGUCCACCUUGGUCUCUAGUGUCUCCACUGUGAGCCAGUCCAUCAUGGUCUCAGAGUCCCCACAAGUCCUGGUCCACUCCAGCGUCAUCACUGAUGGAGCCACAAUCGUGUCAGACUCCACCGCAUCCACUUCCUCGGACCUAGGUUCUGCCAUCGACAAAAUCAUUGAGUCCACGAUCGGGCCUGACAUUAUCCAGAGCUGCAUUGCCGUGACCAGCGCAGAGGAUGGUGGGGCAGAGACUACGCAGUACCUCAUUCUGAAGGGCCCUGAUGAUGGUGCCCCCAUGGUGUCCCAGAUGGCCACCUCUGCUCUGGCCAAUAGCUUGGCGAUAGAAACGCAG